UGUCACUUCAACACUUAUACCAACUGCAACAAAUAAAAUAACCAACUGACAGCGACGGCUACCACUCUGCACCGCACCAACAUCGAUUUGGAAUUUCAGCUCUGAAAAAUAUAUUUUAUCCCACGAAAUGGCAGCCGUAAAUAAGUUAGCUCUUUUGGUUCGUUCCAUGAGCAGUUCUGCUCAAACUGUAAAACUUCCAAUCCAAGUUUUCGGUCUUGAGGGUCGUUAUGCCACCGCUCUUUACACAGCCGCUUCCAAAAUGAACCAAUUGGAUCAGGUUGAAAAGGAUGUAAUUAAGAUCCAAGAAAGCAUCAAAAGCGAUCCCAAAAUGCGUGAAUACGUAGAAAGUCCAAUCAUUAAUCGCAAAGCCCUCGGAACUGCUUUGAGGGAAACUUGCGAAAAGUUGCGUAUGGCACCAGCCACAAGCAACUUGCUUGGUCUGAUGGCUGACAAUGGUCGUUUGAAGAAACUCGACACUGUUAUCAAUGCAUUCAAAACCAUAAUGGCUGCCCAUCGUGGUGAUGUUGUUUGCGAGGUUGUUAGUGCUAAGCCAUUGGAGAGUUCCCAGAGGAAGGAACUCGAGAGUGCCUUGAAGGCAUUCUUGAAGCCAAAUCAAAACCUUCAAGUUACAACCCGUGUUGAUCCAAGCAUCAUUGGAGGACUUAUUGUUUCGGUUGGUGAUAAAUAUAUUGACAUGAGCAUUGCCACUAAAGUUAGGCUUUAUACUGAUGUCAUUUCUUCAGCUGCCUAAGAAGAUUUUAAUGUCUAAAUUACCUUUAUUAAAAAAAAAAUAAUAAUAAUUAAAAGAAGUCGAAGUUAAAAACAAAUCUGUACUUUUUCAUUUAAGAACUUUAAACAUUUAUGCUGAGAACAAAAUAAAAGAAAUGGAGUUGUUGCA